AUGGCGGAAGAAGUAGUGUUGCAUGGUUUGUGGGCAAGCCCUUAUAGUCGCAGAGUAGAGGUAGCUCUGAAACUGAAAGGAGUCCAAUACAAAUAUAUUGAAGAAGAUCUGAGCAACAAGAGUCCUUCGCUUCUCAAAUACAAUCCCGUUCACAAGAUGAUUCCCAUCCUUGUACACAAUGGAAAGCCUAUUGUGGAUUCUGAUGUUAUUCUUGAAUACAUCGAAGAGACAUGGCAAGAAUAUCCCUUGUUGCCCGAAGAUCAUUAUGAGAGAGCCAGAGCACGUUUCUGGCGCAAGUUCAUAGACAACCAGGUACUUCUCGCCGCGUUAUUGAAAGCUUUCUGGGGCGAAGAGAACGGACGUGAGAAGGCUUUGGAAGAAGCAUCUGGGCUUCUAAAUUUUCUAGAGGAAGAGCUCAAGGAAAAAAAGUUCUUUGGAGGAGAGCGUAUUGGAAUGGUAGACAUUGUCGCCAACGUCAUAGGCUUCUGGAUUGGAACUUUUGAAGAAGGAACGGGGAUAGAGUUGUUGACAGUAGACAAAUUUCCCAAACUUUGCAACUGGGUGGAUGAGUAUUUGAGCAGCAGUGUUAUCAAGGAAAAUCUACCUCCCAAAGACAAACUAAUUCCCUUUGUACGAUUUCGCUUUGGGGGCACCAGUGCUUCCAAAUAG